AUGGCGCUCAGCUUGUUGCCUACUACUGCUGAACUGGCAACUCUGGAUACCUUGGAUGCAAUCCGUGCCUGGGUAGGGUUGUCUGAACAAAUAUGGAGAGAGACCAGCGCUAGUUUUGGCAACAUUCCUUCCAUUCGAGUGUUUGCUUUGACCCCUGCUGAUACUCUAAAGACUACAUUGGGCAGUCUGCGGAUUGUCAUGCGUGAUGCCACGGGAAGACCUCUUCCGGGUGAUCCAACUCGUGAACCUACUGCAGUGGAGACAAUCCAGGUGGCGCUCAUGUGGAGAGUUUGCAGACAGGCCUUUAAUCUUCCUGAUAUGGAUUUGCUGAGCCCGACGCCAAUAGCGACAUAUGCGCCAGUUUCAGCUGCAGUGGCUGUGCCUGCAGGUCAGAAGAAAGUCAAAGUGUCGCAAAUUGCGGAUCAGCUCGAUGAUGCAGAGUUAGAACUGGUGGACAAGGCUUUGCUUGAAGAAGCUUACAGAAACUUCAGGACAGUGGUUGGUGCAGACCCACCGCUGGAUGCAGAGCCGACACCGGAGCAGAUCACAGUCAUGUACAACAAAGUCAUCGCAAGGGGCGAUGCUCCUUACGCUGAUUUCUCGGUGCUGACUCCGUUCGGACGACGUAUGCAAAAACAGCUGAAAGCCAAAGGUUAUUUUUUGCAAGAAGAUGGCUCUUGGAAGCAGGUUGAAAUGCCUGGUCCGCCGAGCUUUCAAGCGUGGUCGGCCUGUUGGAAAAUUUAUCGUGUGACCUUGCUCAUGUUCAAGCACGAGGCGAGCGCCGCUGGCGUCAGGAAAGUGGUCAUGACUCCAGCGGCACUUGAGGAAUACUAUGAGAACAUCCAACGGUUGACGUCCGAUUUUCCAGAGUGUUGGCAUUUAAUAAUGCAAGCAGAAGAUCGCUGCAGAGGAGAGCACCUAGAGAGGACAAGACGGAAAUUGAUGAGGGCCAGGCUGGAAGGCCGACUCCCGAUGGGCCUCAACUUUGAUGAGGACCAGCCUUGGGUGGGUGUGUUUUCUUACAUGGCCAAAGACACCGAUUAUUGGACUGCAGAGGUGAUAAGGCCUGCUCAAAAUUUCCUUAUCCGUGGGGGCGUAGGCAAGCGGAUGCCGCGUCACGAAGCUGAUGAGGCAAAUGUGAACAAGGCGGCGAGGAGUGCUCUGGACGCCGCCAAGGGAAUCACACAUCCUCCUCCACCACCAGCGCCUCCGGGUCAAGGAACCUCGAAGGCUGCCAAGCGACGGAAACGGGAAAAGGAGCAGCGCGAAGAACUCAUUCGUCUUCGUCAGGACUACACGAGUGGCGGGGAUCAUGAUGGCAAAGCUGGAGGUAAAGGGAAAGCGCACCCAAGAAAGUACGGCAACUUCUUCGUCACGGACCGGGAAGGCUGUCAAAUUUGCUACAAGUUUGCGAAGGGUCAGCCUGGUGCUUGCAGCGAUCCAUGUCCAGAUGGCCGAGUGGAAGAUCCGGUCCUGGUGAUGCGCGAAUCGGGAGCGGUGGAAGGCAAGGACCUGGGCUCGAAACCUUGUGAAUUAAAUGCAGGCUCUAAAGUUAACGUUUUGCCUCGCAAGUUUCUUUUUGCCGAAUUCUUUGCCGGUUGGGGGGGGUUCUCAAGCGCCUUGGAUGUGCUGGCAGAGCAGCUGGUUACAGUGGCAGCUGCGCUGGACGGUUACGGAGGUGAGUGGGACAUCCUCAAAGAGGAUGACUUCAAGCGGGCACAGAACCUUUGUGGAGAAGUGGAUCAUGGGCAUUUUGCCCCUGCGUGUUGCACACUGAUGAGGGCUAGAAGCUCAGAUGAACCCGGUACAAUGCAGGCAUUACGCACUGACACAUAUCCAGAAGGCUGGGGUCAUCCGGAGGUCAUGAAAACCAACGAUAUUGUCGAAAGGGUAGUGUCGUUGUGUUUGUACCUCCAUCGUCGUGGGAGCACCUUUGCUGUGGAAAAUCCUGCAGACUCUUUCAUAUGGCUGCUUCCCAAGAUGCAAAAGCUGCUAAAACUGGCAGAGUCGGAACUGGUGUUGCUUCACCAGUGUGCUUAUGGAGCUUCCACUAUGCAGCCCACUUGUGUUUUGACGACUGCAGCCUGGAUGAAGAGGGUUUGCGCGCUGUGCGCCGAAGUUCGUGGACAUAUCCAUGCUAAGAGUGGUCUGAUGGGAAAGAUAUGGGACUAUACUACAGGACAGCUGGUAUGGAGAACGAGUUUGGAAGCAGAGUAUCCAUGUGGGCUUUGCGUAGCAUGGUCCCGAAACUUGAGUGAAUGGCUGCAAGAGCCUGCUGGUUGGAAUUGGAUUCGAGAAAGGACCUUCAUUAAGGUGGGACAUUGGAAGAAUGUGCUCAUCAGGAUGGGGGCGGACACUCCAGCAGGUUCUCAAGUCAUCGCAUGUCAACCUGGCGUAGAACGCUCAGUGCGUGAAAAGCGUGAUGCCGAAAACCGCGAUGCCUGGGGUGGAUUGCGGAACCCGAGGUUUGCAGUCAUGAGAUCCCCUGCGUUACGGGCUGUGGGCAAACGUAUCCGCGCAGCCAUCGACAAGGUGAGUUGUGAUGUUCAACUCGACUGCUUGGAGAAGGACAUCCAGGGGGGAGUGACGGAUGAAUGGAUAACAUCCAUCCGAGCUCAACUGGCUGCUGAGUUUCAUACAAGCUGGACAGCAGACGGAUUGCAGGCCCCUUUAUGGAAAUCAGUACUGGAAUCGGCGAAGGAUCCUGAUGCUCAGGUCUUGUCGGAGUGGUUGCAGAAUGGCUUCCCGCUUGGGAUAUCGUGUGAGAUCGCGCACACUGGCGUCUUUCCAUCUACCGAAACAGACUCGGCGUCAGUCGAGGCAAGUCGGUUAGAAGGGUAUCUGACGGACGAUGCUCACGGUUCUGCAGUGAACUAUAAGAGCUUCGAAGAAGCCGGACAGCAUGCUCAAAAGCUCUUGGACAAACUCCAUGAUGAAGGCCGAUCCGAUGUUUUCAACACAUGGCGUGAGGUUUGUGAAGCAGUGGGAGACAAUGCAAAACUCACACGCUUAGCAUGUGUGGUCAAACAGAAGGAGUCAGGCGAAGUCAAAUACCGUCUUGUCAUCGACUCUCGCCGAAGUGGCGUUAAUGGUUUAUGCAAAGUCCGUGAGCGGGUUCUCCUUCCCAAGAUCACAGACGCCGUGGCGGCGUUGAACAGAGUCCGGCAAGGUAUGGACAUGCAGUCUGACGAUGAGCUGGAAAUGUUCUCAGCGGACUUUCGGGACGCAUUCCACACGUUGCCCUUGAGGAAGGAGGAUCGUUGCUACGUAAUUUGCAAGGAUAUGCAUGGCAAGUAUCACGUGAGCAAAGUGGUUCUCUUUGGUUUGGCGCCAGGUCCAUUAUUAUGGGCUCGCCUCGCGUCAGCAGCCAUGCGAGUCUCACAAGCCGCAGUACAGGAGCACGAAGCUUCUGUGGUCUGCUAUGUUGAUGACCCACUUAUGUUCAUCAGAGGUCGCGCUGCCAGGCAACGGUUGAGCACGUUCUUGAUCUACAUAGCUGUGUGGCUAUCGCUGGGUUUGACCAUCUCUUGGAACAAGGCAUGCCGCGGGCUUUGCCUGCAGUGGAUAGGAUUUGAGCUGGUCUUGUCAGGAAAGGCCAAUGCAGAUCUUGUGGUGCGCAUGACUCAAGCCAAACGCCACAGGCUCAUGGAACUAUUCGCUGAAAUCCGCUCUUACAAAGGUGUGCUGCCGCUCAAAUUGCUUGAGACAGCUACGGGCAUACUGGGCUGGAUUUCCAGUGUCAUGCCGUUGGCUAGGCCAUAUCUAGCCAUGCUUUGGGCAGUUAUAGUGCAGCAGCGGCGUCCCUUGCCGAGGAAGGCAAAUGCAAGGGAGCGUAAGGGUCUGGUUUUCGUUCGGCAAGUGGACCACGCCAUAUCUUGGCUAGAAACGCUGACCAAGGAGACACAUCUUGACAGUGUGGGCAUGCAGCGUCAUUACAGAUGGCGCCCCUUUGCGCCCAGAAUCUUGAUCCAGACGGACGCGUGUCCAACUGGUAUGGGCGGUUUCCUCAUGGUUGGUGGCCAGUUCAAAGCCUAUUGGCAUCGAGCUCUGAAUGAGUCAGAUGCCCGCUUGUUCCAGGCCACGUUAGGCGACCCUUCCUUCCAAAGCGAAUGGGAGUUGUUGGCAGUUUGGAUUUCCAUUGAAGUCUUUCUGCCAUUACUGACGUUACCUGAGUGCUCACCUCAAAUCAUUCUGCGUACGGAUAACACUGCUGUCCUCAGCGCAGCAAUGGAGCACAGAGCAACUUCACCAAUCAUGGUUCGGUUGGCGGCUGAGAUAUCCCUGCAGCUGGAAAUUUUUCAGCUUGAACCAAUCAUUGGUCAGCAUGUGCCUGGCGUCUUGAAUAGGAUUGCGGACUGUCUUAGCCGUUUACAUGCGCAGGGAACCCUGCCGCAAGAGCUGCAACAUGCAGAGUUUGUGUCACCUGGAUCUGAAUUGAAGUUUCGUGCGUGGCGGACGCUUCGAUGA